GUCUAAAAACCAGAAGUGAUACUCUCAGUGUCGGUGUCGGUGUUAGCGGGAGGAGGUGGACACAUCCCCACCAAACGGUGUUUUCCGUUAUUUAACUUAAGCCACCAGAUGCUCGACUAGUAACUUUUUGAUCUUUUUGUUUCCCUAUUUAGCUUUUUACUGUUUUGAUCGAGUGUUUUUUUUGUCUGCUCCCCGAUGACUUCCUCUAUCUCAGCCUGGAUUUGGAGUGAGAGAUUUUGGCUUCCCGAAAAUGUUACAUGGGCGGACCUGGAGCGACCACCACCUGGUGUGGAGUACCCGAGAAUCCGACACCUACUUUACGCACUACCUCUGGCUGUCAUAGUGUUCAUGCUAAGGCUGCUGUUUGAAAGCCUAGUUGCCAAGCCCUGUGCCCACAUACUUCAGAUUCAGGCGGGAGUGCCUCGACAAGCUCAGCCCAAUGCUGUCCUGGAGAAAGUGUUUCAGUCCAAAGCGUGUCCAGACACGAGGCAACUGGAGGGACUCUCCAAGCAGCUGGACUGGGAUGAGCGGAAAAUACAGAGAUGGUUUCGGGUCCGUCGGAACCAAGACAGGCCCAGCAUGCAGAAAAAGUUCUGCGAGAGCAUGUGGCGGUUAACGUUCUACUUUGGGAUUUUCAUCUAUGCCGUUCGACAUUUGUGGGGGUCGCCCUGGACGUGGGACACCAGGAAGUGUUGGUACAACUACCCGUUUCAGCAUCAGAGCUCUGAACAGUUCACCCACUACGCGGCCGAGCUCGCUUUCUAUUGGUCUCUGAUGUUUUCCCAGUUCAUAGACGUUAAACGUAAGGACUUCAUCAUCAUGCUCGUCCACCAUCUCGCCACCAUAUUCCUCAUCACGAUCUCCUACGCCAACAACAUGUUAAGAAUUGGCACUCUGGUCAUGUGCGUGCACGAUGCAUCCGACAUCUUCCUCGAGGCUGCCAAGCUGGCCAACUAUGCCAAGUACCAGAGGCUGUGCGACGGCCUGUUCGUGGUGUUCAGCAUAAGCUUCUUCUUCACUCGACUUGUCAUCUAUCCUUUCUGGGUUGUUUACAGCGUUCUGAUUGAGAGCUGGGAGAUCGUUGGGCCGUACCAGACCUGGUGGUUGCUCAAUGGGUUGCUGUUGGUGCUGCAGACUCUUCACAUCAUCUGGUUCUACCUCAUCGCUCGCAUCGCUAUCAAAGCCAUAUUCAAGGGGAAGGUGGCGAAAGACGACCGCAGUGACGUCGAGAGCAGCACGGACGAGGAGAUUUAUUCCACUUCCAGUAAAAAUCCCAGUCAGACCCUCAAACCAAAGGACAUCGGCCACACUAGCAACCUUAACGGAGACGCUCACGACCACUGAGCACCAUGAGGGGGAUGUUCACCUCCAGUGAGGCUUUUAUUCACCUGCUGAGUGUCUGUGUGACCCACUUCGUCACUUUGACCUCUUGAAAAAACACCAAAAAAAAAAGACCUGAAACUUUUUUUUUUUGAACCAGAAAGAUUUGCUGAGUCGUAGGAAUGGAGAGUGGACUUGGAUACAGAGGGGAAACCCUUCUGUGUGGAAUAAAGACCGUCUUACUGAGUCGGGUUUACACUGUGUGAGGUUUAAACCUGCUUUUUGCUUACAGGAGUAGACAGAGCUGUUUGUGUGUAGAAGUUAGAAAUGGAGCAUGUCAGCACAACUAUUGUCAAAAUGCAUUUUCUACCUGUAAAUACAUUUUAUUUGUGAAAUUGGUAAUAUAUUUACAGCUGUAAAACAAAAUCACUGCAAUCUGCCUUAAACCGUUUACUGUCCCGUAAGCAAAAUCUCUUAACAUGCCAAAGAUUUCUUAAUAAAACAUGAUAGUACCAAAUUCA